AUGCAGUACCCCUCCGCGAGUUCGCCUCCCCUCCACCAUCCGGUACCGCAGCACCCAGUACAUUUCCAGCAGGGUGGAUAUGGCAACCCUGCGGGUGCUGCUCAAUCGGGUGGUACCUCCCGCCAGCCCCAAGCUUAUCGAAAUCCAUACGCGCCUCCUCAGGGGGUACAACAAACAGCGCCGCAAGCACAACCGAGCACCAUUCAACCUCAGGGUAUGCCUAAUGUGAUUCCGAACGUGCCCACGGCACUGAACAGUAUUCUCAGUGAUCCGAAUGCCCAGUUGGGGUUCGAAGUUGGCCGUAAUGCUCUGAACUAUGGCCAGGAGUACAUUGGACGUAAUAUGGGCAAAUACAUGGACGCGGGGGCAUUUUCUUAUUAUUUCCAGGUUUCUAAUUUCUAUGUUUUCCGGAAACUGCUUCUCGUUAUGUUCCCAUGGCGACACAAACCGUGGAGCCGCCAGAUCGUGCGAAGCGACAGCACAGGGCAGGAUACCUACGCGACGCCUCGCGAAGAUCUCAAUGCCCCGGACAUGUACAUUCCGAUCAUGGCUUUCACAACCUACAUGGUUGUGUUCAGCAUCAUUCAGGGGUUGUUGGGACAGUUUCACCCGCAAUUGCUGGGCAUUGUCACGUCGAAAUCCUUGGCGUUGAUGGUCGUUGAGAUCAGCUUCUUGAAAUUGUUCUCCUACCUCCUGGCUGCUUCCUCCAGCUUGCUUGAUUUAAUUGCCUACUCGGGCUACAAGUUCAUCGCCAUCACCCUCGUCACUUUAGCGGCCGCCACCAGCAGCUCGCUUGUAAAAUGGACCACAUUCACAUACACCGGUGCCGCCACGGCAUUUUUCAUGUUGCGUUCGCUGAGAUACGUCUUGCUGCCAGAGUCCUCCAACUCAACAUCGACUGUCAAUUCGGGAAUGCGGCAAAAACGUAUUCAAUUCCUUUUUAUUUACAGCUUCGUCUGCCAGUUUGUCUUUAUGUGGCUUCUGCUCUAA